GGAGAGGCUGCCGACUAAGUUUCUUAAACCGCCAGCGAACAAGGUUUCUUCAGUCAUCAGUUUUGUAAACAUGAACCUUGAUGACUUCAGUGAAGGCUCAGCAGUUUUGUCAGGGGCCCAGAGAGGUUUCUCGCCUGUUAUUUUUCAUGGCACCCAAAACCAAAAAUCCAAUCAGAAGCCUAGAAAGAGCGUAUCUAAAGAGCAUGCCUGCUUCUCAAAGCAGACAAUCCAAAAGCAGAUCCGCAGAGAAUAUGUCGCUGCUUUGGAGGAAAAGCUAACACGGCAUCCUCUAACAACGUUCCCACACUACAAGGAUCACAUGACCCCAGAGUUAUUUUUUAAGGUGGCAUCAAUUUUAGACCCAGACAUGAGCGUAAAUGACGCUUCUGGACUUCCUACGCCCACAGGACACAAUACGACAGAGGAAAAUGGAGAAAGCUGUCGAGAGCCAAGUAAGAAAGAACAAUGAGGAGCAUUCUCAAAUAGAAAACAAUUAUGCUGGAUUGUUAGUAUUGUAUAAUCUAAGUUACUUUAAAU